CUCGUUUGGCAAUGAGCGAUAGUUGCAGUCGAAGGCGCAAGGGAAUCAAUCCAUAGCAACCAGAGCCGGACUAGAGCUGCUGCAGCCGCCAUGGCGUUGGUUUCUCGUCUCCUAUCUCGAUCCCGACAGUUAUAUGCUGGUCAGAUAUUUUUUCAGCACGAUCAUGGAAUGCCAGUCCGAUCCUAUGCAAAAGAAGCUUCAGCUUCUAAUCUUCCACCAUUGAAAGGAGAUGAGAUGCUGAGGAACAUCUUUUAUGAUGUCAAAAACAAAUUUGAAACUGCCUUCAGUGUGCUUCGAAAGGAAAAGAUCACUAUUGAUCCUGAUGACCCAGCAGCUGUAUCCCAAUAUGCCAAAGUCAUAAAAACCAUAAGGGAAAAAGCUGAUCUGUUGUCAGAAUCACAGAAAAUUAAGUACGCAAUUGAUCUACAGACACAAGAUAUUCCUGAUGCUCGAACAUAUCUGUUAACACUACAGGAGAUACGAAUCAAGAAUGGCCUUGCAGAUGAUAUCGGUGCUGAGCCUUUGAUGAUGGAAGCUUUGGAGAAGGUUGAGAAAGAGAUUAAAAAGCCACUGCUCAGGUCUGACAAAAAGAACAUGUCUCUUCUCUUGGCUGAGUUUGACAAGGUCAACAAAAAGCUGGGAAUUAAGAAGGAAGACCUUCCAAAGUACGAAGAACAAUUGGAACUUAAAGUUGCUAAAGAGGAUUUGGAUGGUCUGAAGAAGGAUGCUAUUGAAGCAAUGGAGACCCAGCUUAAAAGGGAGGAAUUCAAGGAUGAGGAGUUGGUUGAUGUCAAAUCUUUGGAUAUUAGAAACUUUUUCUAAGAUAAAGUUUCUAAUAUUAUUGCCCAAACGGCCAAACCCUAAGGCUUCGCUUUCUUUUGUCCCUUCCUACAUGCAUUAUUUUGAUGUCUCCUUAUUUUACCCAAAUAAUGCUAAACCCUUGAAUUGCACGCAAACAGAGACACCAUAGUGUGUAUGUGUGCAUGCAUGCGUGCGCAGAAGAUUGGAAAAUCUGCAGUUCAACGUACUAAUGGAAUUCUCUAGUUUAUCAGAAAAUUGCUUUUCUUAUGAGUCGAUGCUUUCUGUGAAUGUUGCUCUCAAGAAUGUGGUUUGUUGAGAUGUGGACAAAUUUCAAUUUCCAUUUCUUGGCUGAGUAUGUAUGAAGAGAAUUAAACAUUUCCAAUAAGAAAACAGUGUUAAAUUUCUCAAAACCAUUCA